CCCCAUCUGAGUUAUCAAUAAGCUGCAUUAUCGCUCAUCUUCCCUCAUCAUCUUCCGCACCUUCUCCCUCCCUCCUUGUCUGUCCAUCUCCUCCCUCUGCGCCUUUUUACGCACGAAACAAGUCAGAGCGCACACACGGCUGCCGGAGAAAACAGGAGAGACAAUAGGCAGUACUUUUGAUCAUCAUGGUAUUUGGAUUUUUAACCGUAUAGGCAACAUGAGCGCCGCGCUGUGAGGUACAGGUGGACAAUCUGUAAUCGCGUCUUGUCAUUCGCCAGCCGAAAGUUUCCCCAGGUUUUAAUGUUGCCAACCGAGAUUUCAGGAGGAGUGUGUUUCACCUCAAGCGAUCACACUGAGGGACGGAGAGAAGGGAUGAAAACAGAGGAGAGCCAGCAGUCCUGUCUGCAGCAGCCUCCAUCCUCCACGCCUUUCGGUCCAGAGUACAGAGGAGGAGGAGAGGUGUGCGCGGGCUGCGAGUCCCCCAUCGCCGACCGCUUCCUGCUGCGCGUGAACGAGCGCUCCUGGCACGAGACCUGCGUCAAGUGCGCCGUGUGUUUGAGCGCGCUCACCGGGACCUGUUACUGCAGGGACCGCCUGCUGUACUGCAAACACGACUAUGAAAAGUUGUUUGUAAGGAAGUGCAGUGCCUGCCUGCAGGUCAUUGGACGCUCUGAGCUGAUAAUGCGCGUGCUAGGCCAGGUGUACCACCUGGGCUGCUUCAGCUGCUGUGAGUGCGAACGCCGGCUGCAGAGAGGUGAUGAGUUUGUGCUGAAAGAAGGCCAGCUGCUCUGCCGUAUGGACUAUGAAAAGGAAAGGGAAAUGCUGGCUGCUAUUAGUCCCACACCAACUGAAUCAGUGAAAAGUGAGGAUGAGGAUGGUGGAGGCGGCUCUGGCAGUGGGAAAGGUGGUGAUGAAGGCAAGGAGCACAAGCGUUCAAAGCGACCACGCACCAUUUUGACUACGCAGCAACGGCGAGCUUUCAAGGCCUCCUUUGAAGUGUCAGCUAAGCCCUGCCGCAAGGUGAGAGAGACACUUGCUGCUGAGACUGGCCUGACAGUGCGUGUGGUGCAGGUGUGGUUUCAAAACCAGAGAGCUAAGAUGAAAAAAAUAGCUCGCAGACAACAGCAACAGCAGCAGCAACAGCAGGAACAAGAGCAACUGGGAGGGACCAGGAGAGGACCAAGCAGAGGGGGCCGCCAAAGCAAUGAUGACAGCGAGGAUGGAUCUAGUACCCAUGGCAUGGAUGGGAUGCUGGGAUAUCCGUCUCUGCCACGUCAGCAGCUACUUGCUCUGGACCCCAACAUCUACGGUGGAGAGCCCUUUCGACAUGGACUCACACCGCCUCAGUUGAACAGCGAGCAGCUCCAUUCCUAUGACUCAGAAACAGUGUUUCAUGACCUGGACAGUGAUGGGAGCCUGAGUCACCUCGGCGACUGUCUCUUAGCAACAGGGGAGGGUGGUCUCUUGGCAGGACGAGUGGGAAACCCCAUCGACCGUCUCUAUUCCAUGCAGAACUCCUACUUCACCUCCUGACCCUUAUAAACUGUCACCCUUUCCCCUCCUGUUUCACCUUUCACCUCAGAGAUGCAGCUAAUGGAGUCUGUCCAUCAACAUGCCUGUGGGACCAUUCUCCAUGAAACAGCCAAACACACUUCUGAGCUUUUAUCACGGGCUAACAUCAAAACAAGUCAGACAUUGUCAUAAAAACAUUUUGCAGCAGAUUAGCAUAAUGUUCCCACAUAUUUCCUAUAUAAGAAUCACAUGCUGGAAAUACAGACACUGUAAAUGUCCAAGAUAAAGGACCUCAAUCUCUCCUAUUGUAUUAAUUUAAUAUUCAAUGACACGUUUCACGGCACUUUCCAACAAAAAAACAACAAAAACAAAAAGCAAACAAAAAACAAAUGAACACACCUAUCAUACCUAUCAAUAUGUAUAUCAUGAAUUACAGAUGAUAAUUGGUUGUUGCAAGUGAAUCCAUCAAUCAAGUUACAUGUAUGUAGGAGUCAUGACAGGUCUUAUGUGCAGCUGAGGGUCUAAAAACAUUAGUAUAUUGCAGAACUUUCUUUUUUGUUAAUCCAGGACUAGUGAUUCAUUGUUGUGUGUGAAGGACUGCAGCAUAUACAAUACUGUAUAUGAAUUGGAGUACAAUUUUGCUCUCAGGUUAGUGUGUGAGGUUUAUGUUCUUAUAACCUGAGCCACACCUCAGGAUACUGUGCUGAAUAGGAUGACAAUUUAACAUGCCCUGUGAAUUUAAGAGCAUAGAUUGCAAAAGAGAAGAAUCUCUGUGUAAAAUGAUAACUUCAAACAAUAUUCUUAGUUUUUGAUAAUGCAUGAAAGGUAUAAUAUGGACCAAAAUUAUUAUUAUUUUUUUUUAAACAUUUAAAGAUAUCACUACAGGGUCAUUUGAGGAGCCUUAUGCGGAAACAGGGUUGUAUAAGUGAUUACUGCUUUAUCUUUCCCAUCUCUUUUAUAAUGUAGUCAUUAAACAGUAAACAACAACCAAUAGAUCUCUGAUGCCCCAAAUUUAGGACACUUGGUACAUAAUGAUGUACUCCAAAUGUAAAUGUGAGUAUGACUGUGUUACAAUUAGUUGUUGUAGUCACGUUCUGUAAUAAUUUCCUUCUCAAACAUCACAUGCUAAAUGCUGUUAGGUAGAUAUUUUGUACCCUCUUCUGUGAUAAUCAGAAAAUAUUUAAACUAUAGCAUGAUAUUUAUGUGCCAUAAAGUAGGUCUAAAGAAAUAGCCUCCAAAUCUAAGUUGGAUAGCAAGUGUUGCAGAAAGUGUCAGGGUCAGACUUACAAUGUGGUGCAGAACAAAAUAGGAUUAGGGUGAUUCUCAUUUUAGAUGCCAAUGAUCAGCUGCAACCUGUGACAUUAUUUCAUGACAUUAUGUUUGACUCUGAUAACUGACUCAUGGUGUUUUUAUAGUGAUAUUAUUGUGCAAGUAACUUAUUUGUGUGGUAUUAGAUGAGUUCCUAUCUUCUUUUUUUGUUAAGUGACUGCCAGGUGAUGUGCUUUGAAUGUAAUGUUGCCGUAUCUUCAAUACAAUCUGCGGUUUCAUCUUUGAAGUACACUUCCCUUAUUUGUCCUAAAUACAAUAAAUGAUGAUACACUGA